UUCCGAGCUGCUGUUCCCAGCGGAGCCUCCACGGGCAUCUACGAAGCCCUGGAGUUAAGAGAUGGAGAUAAACAGCGCUAUUUAGGCAAAGGUGUCCUCAAAGCCGUGGAUCAUAUCAACAGUACUCUGGCACCAGCCCUCAUCAGCUCAGGUAUCUCCGUGGUGGAGCAGGAGAAACUAGACAAUCUGAUGUUGGAGUUGGACGGGACCGAGAACAAAUCCAAGUUUGGCGCCAAUGCCAUCCUGGGCGUGUCCCUGGCCGUGUGCAAAGCCGGUGCAGCUGAGCGUGACUUGCCUUUGUACCGACACAUCGCCCAGCUGGCGGGAAACUCCGACCUCAUCUUGCCCGUGCCGGCCUUCAACGUGAUCAAUGGCGGCUCCCACGCAGGCAACAAGCUGGCCAUGCAGGAGUUCAUGAUCCUCCCUGUGGGGGCCGAGAGCUUCCGAGAUGCCAUGCGCCUGGGGGCCGAGGUGUACCACACCCUCAAGGGUGUCAUCAAAGACAAGUACGGCAAAGACGCCACCAACGUGGGGGACGAAGGCGGCUUCGCCCCCAACAUCCUGGAAAACAGUGAAGCGCUGGAGCUGGUGAAGGAGGCCAUCGACAAGGCGGGGUACACGGAGAAGAUCGUCAUCGGUAUGGACGUGGCUGCGUCCGAGUUCUAUCGCGAUGGCAAGUACGACUUGGAUUUCAAGUCUCCGGCUGACCCUUCGCGCUAUAUCACCGGUGACCAGCUGGGGGCGCUCUACCAGGACUUUGUCAGGGAUUAUCCGGUGGUCUCCAUCGAGGAUCCGUUUGACCAGGAUGACUGGGCGGCCUGGUCCAAGUUCACGGCCAACGGCGGCAUUCAGGUGGUGGGGGACGAUCUGACGGUGACCAAUCCCAAGCGCAUCGAGCGGGCGGUGGAAGAGAAGGCGUGCAACUGUCUGCUGCUUAAAGUCAACCAGAUCGGCUCGGUCACGGAGGCCAUCCAGGCGUGCAAGCUGGCCCAGGAGAACGGCUGGGGGGUCAUGGUGAGCCACCGCUCGGGGGAAACUGAGGACACCUUCAUUGCCGAUCUAGUGGUGGGACUCUGUACGGGCCAGAUCAAGACGGGCGCCCCCUGCCGCUCGGAGCGUCUGGCCAAGUACAACCAGCUAAUGAGAAUUGAAGAAGAACUUGGGGGUGAAGCCCGCUUUGCUGGGCACAACUUCCGUAACCCCAGUGUGCUCUGAGCCCCUCCGUCCACCGCACCCCGUCUUCCUGGAGCCUCCUUGCUGUCCUGCGGUAGCUCACCUGCCCCCCACCUUGAGCCCGCCCCGGGGGGCACCCACGAACCCCUCCCUGGCACACUUGCGCCCCUCCUGCUCGGCUUUCCUCCACCCUGCGCCCCAUCUUCCCCCUCCCCUCCCAGGUGUGCAAAUUCUCUUCUCUCCCUGGCUUCCUUCCUGUCUCCCCCCAUUCUGGAG